GGAAGGAGGAGAUUUAAAAUUAGGAAGUGUUCAUUUUACCUUUGUACGGUGAGAGUGAUAAGAAAACGAAAUUGAAAAUGUUUGACAAUUUUUGUGUGUGUGUUAAGCAAGAUGUUGUUUGAAUAUUGUGUACGCAGUACCAAUAGAAUUCCGUUGAAGUGCGUCAAACAGGGGCAAUAAAAGUUUCAAGAGCUUUCGUGUGCAGUGGAUAAGUGAAAACGUUGCGAUUAGUGUUCUGAAAAACAAAUACAAAAGGCAUAAAGGCUACAGUCGUACUAAAUAAAACAACUAUAAAUACAGAAGUCUGUCAGAAGAGUGUGUAAAGAUAAGCGAUUAUACAUUGAUAUCGAUUAAUUGAUAAGAAGGAAGUGAGCGCGAGCAUUGUUUUUGCCAUUCGAACCAAUGGAGAAAUGCGAUUAGUCUAAAUCAACCGUUAUUCCGAGCGGCGACAUGCGAUAGCAGAGAAUCCGCGCGAUAAAACGCAAUGCACAAGACUUCACAUGGCUUCCUGCGAGAACUGGUGGGUGUAUGUGUUCAAUAUCAAGUGAGCGAGAAAAAUACUGUCGAUCAAAAACCGUAAUCUGCACCGGAACUGUCGGUAAAGUUAUAAAAGCCUAUCACCAAGAUUAGCAAUGCCUGGUCAUGCCGUGCAGCUACCGAAAUCGAAAAUAACGUCACGCUGUUGUGGUUCAGUACAGCUAGCUGUAGUGUUAGUUCUAGUCUUCUGUCUCACACAGCAGAACGAUACAGUUGACGGUCUGCCCUGGUCGAAUGGAGAAAAGAAAGAAGCUUUUAGGAACCGUUAUCAUUCAGCGACACUUAGUAAUGGCGUUGAUUAUGAAGAUAUCAUUCGCGCAAGGUUGCGAUUGGGUACUGUCGUGGGACUUUCGCCUGUGACUUACAUCCAUGAUAUCGAUGACAACGCAUCGGGAAAGUUUAUGUCAAAUCACCUUUAUCGGCAUGUAGGAGGUCAACUGUCAUCGUCACCGCGUGGCUUGGGGCCUAUCAUUAUCAAGGGAGAUAGUAGCACGGUGCAGCCCCUAUUAUUAGAUGAAUCCGACGGCCAGGAGUGUAUCCUUGGGAAAGCGCACCACUAUAUGGAGAAGUGGUUGAACCAAAAUGGAACAAUCAAUACGAAAAACAACAAUAUCACCGGCAAAUUUCUGGACCUUUCCCACAACGUCUCCACAAUUAUUAUUAACGAAAUAAAGCCUUUUCAAGCUCAUCCAGAUCGGAAGAAACUGGUUUAUCUCUCCUUGGCGUACAGUGGUUUAAAUACGGUUCCAAAAGUGGAACUAACACUGGUUAAUGGAACACUCGCCUAUUUGUCGUUGAUGGGUAAUAUUCUCUUACCAUUCAACUUACCGGUGUUGCAUAAUUUACUUGUUCUGGAUCUCCGGCACUGUGGCCUGAAUAGGCUCCUAGAUAAAGCAUUCGUCAACACGCCAAAUCUGCAAAAACUUUUUCUAGCCCACAACGGGCUGACGAAGCUCAGUGCUAUCCACUUUGAAGGAUUGACCCACCUUCAACAUCUUGAUUUGUCUUACAUCGUGCAAAGUCAGUUGACCGGGCUUGCUGGGAACGAGCAGCAAAUCGAUCCGUACAACUCUCUUACCGAAGGGCUGGAUCUGAGCGAAGACGUAUUUGCACCUCUGACGAAUCUAACCUUUCUGGACGUUUCGCACAGCAAACUGCUGUCAUACAGUGCAAGGGCAUUCCGUAACGUGGCCGUCAUACAAUUGAGUCUUUGCUAUACGGGAAUUCUCAUCAUCGUCGGUUCGAUGAUGAACGGUUCCCUGAAGGUUCUGGAUAUAUCCGGAAAUCCGGGAAUUACGACACAAAUUCAUCAUGAAAAAACCGAGGCCCGAGGAUUCAAUGCGAACCUGGAGAUUUUAGUAUGCGAGAAUUCUACGGUGAAACAUCUUGAUUGGUUGAAUGGAAUGAUCAGUUUGAAAGUGUUACUAUUGGGGACGAAUAACAUCAAUCAGUUGAACAAUGGGACUUUUGCCAAUAUGGGCAGCUUAGAGAUUCUGGAUUUGGGUAACAAUCACAUAAGUAACUGGCACCAGAGGGUGUUUGAGAGCAAUUACAACCUGUUCAUCCUUGAUCUCUCCGUAAACAAUAUCAAUGUAUUGACAACGGAAAUGCUGUAUGACUUAGCUGGAGUUGAGUUCCUAGCAAUUGGACAAAAUAGCUUCGUAUGCCACUGUCUACUACGGGAAUUUAUUGAACUAGCGGCCAAAAACUCCCAGAGCAUUUCGUGUCUUCUGAACGGAAUUGUUAAUCAAUUGAAAGAUUCGGAAACUGAAAACCUAGACGACGAAGUAUCGUCGCAGGGUAAUGUGCUGGAAAGUACAUCCACUACAUUGAGUGAUGAAGGCAUAACACGGAUGCGUUUGACAACUGUUCAGAAACAGUCGAAAAAUCCCAAAAUGGAGGAUUUGACAUCGACAACUGCGACCCCAUUGCCGACUGAAAUGCAGAAGUCACAAGAUGACUAUAAUGUCCUGUUCCGUGUUAUUCACAGCUACGUAUCUACUAUCUACCAUAGUUCUACAAAAUUCCAAGAAACCCUCGAAAAGUACAACCGAAAUCGACCAUCCGGACGGGUUUACCGCAAAAUGGUAGAUGCCCGCAUGGGAUCGCGUUUCUUUAGCAUUGAUUGCAGAAAUAGAACUUCAGCAGAAGAGGAUGAACGGGACGUCCCAGCCACGGAUUAUCCCUCGGUAAGCGAUCCUUUGUACAACCUUAACAUUCAGAUCAUCGACUUCGACGAAGACAGCUACAAAUGCAUCGACCUGGACAAUUCAGAAUUCUAUCUCUUCGAGCAGGAACGGUGUACGUUCGAUCGAUCGCUGCUGGAAAACUUAAAUUUUGGCAGUCCCGUCAACACUACCACGGCAAACGCCAUCAAGUUUUCGCUGAUGUUUUUCGGAUUUGCCCUGGUAGCCUUCAUUAUCUACAUCUCCAAGUGGGAGUAUAUCAAGUACUUUUGCAUUAUCGUGCGGAAUGCGACCGUCUUGAGUUUGCUGAAGCACAAAAACGAAUCGCUGUUGCGAAAGCAGAGUCUGACAUCGGUUGCCGGUUGCUACAUGUACGACGUGUUCGUGAGCUACUCCGAACAGGAUCGGCAGUGGGUGCUGGACGAGCUGCUGCCGAAUUUGGAGAAAACGGAAGACAUCGCGGUGUGUUUGCACGAGAGGGACUUUCAGGUCGGUGUGAGCAUACUGGAGAACAUAAUCCACUGCAUGGAUCAAUCCAAAACUCUGCUGUUGGUUAUGUCCGAGAGCUUUCUGCUAAGUCACUGGUGCCAGUUUGAAAUGCAUCUCGCCCAACACAGGCUACUGGAAACGCGCCGAGAGCAGUUGAUACUGGUCCUGCUGGAAGACAUCCCGAAAAUAAAACGAUCCAAAACGCUCCAGUAUCUUAUGAAAACCAAAACGUACAUCAUCUGGCCACAACCGGAGUUGGCCUUCGAGGCGGAGGAGCAGGCAAACAAUGAAAAUACCAAAAGUGACUCCUCCAAGAAGAAGAAGAAGAAGAACCGUAAUCAGAAUCGUAGCAGAGAGAAAGACGCUCGAACACUGGCCGAUGAGCGAAGGCUGUUCUGGAAGAGAUUACGUAAUGCCAUCAACGAUAGCGCAGUCUGGGAAUCGGACAACAACGGAAAAGAUGGCGUGGAAAAGCAAAACAAUACCCUCACCGAGAGCGCAGCGUGAUUAGUUGCCGUUGUUUGGCACGCUAAACCAAAAUAAACCAAUGAUUUUUUUUCUUUAAUAAACUGUGAUACUUAUGUUCAACUUCGUGCAAAUUAUUUGCAACUCUUGGGUGC